ACUCCUCAACGCUUUCUCAUCGCUGAUCAAACUUCAAACCCUAGGAUUUCAAGGUGCACUGUACACUUGUGAUGGCUUCGAAACGCAUUACUAAGGAGUUGAAGGAUUUGCAGAAGGACCCUCCUGUUUCCUGCAGUGCUGGCCCUGUUGGUGAUGACAUGUUUCAUUGGCAAGCUACUAUCAUGGGUCCAGCAGACAGCCCUUAUGCUGGAGGUGUAUUCCUGGUGACCAUUCACUUCCCACCGGAUUAUCCGUUUAAGCCACCAAAGGUUUCGUUCCGAACGAAGGUAUUUCACCCUAACAUAAACAGCAAUGGAAGUAUCUGUUUGGACAUUCUGAAAGAGCAGUGGAGUCCUGCACUAACAGUUUCGAAGGUGCUAUUGUCAAUAUGCUCUCUGCUGACAGAUCCGAACCCAGAUGAUCCUUUGGUGCCUGAUAUUGCUCACAUGUACAAGACAGACAGAGCAAAGUACGAGAGCACUGCCCGUUCUUGGACUCAGAAAUACGCCAUGAGUUAGAACAACAUAUUAUGCUUCUGGGGAUCCCUUUUCUGUCGUCGGUACAUAUAAUACAUAUAUAGUGCCUUCUGCUUUCAUCUUAUAAUAAUUAAAACCCCGGAAACACUUUUUACCUAUUAAUAUUUUGCCUUUUCUUUU